CUCUGGCGAGCCUGAUGUCUCGGGGCUCCAAAGAAGACCGUCACAUUAUGGAGUGUGAUACAGAUAAUAUGCAUGCGAAAUUACGUAUGGGACGGCGAUACGCCGACAAUUGGGCGGCUGCUGGAGCUGCUGAAGCCGCUGAACUCGUCGACCGCCGCCCGCCUGCAAUCCCCGCGUCUUCUCCUCAGACUGCUCUCCAUCUUGGGUCGGGGGGCCGUUUGUGCUGCUACCCAAAGCGGAAUCCUAUGAGUCUUCAACGGAGAUAUUCUGUAAAUAUCCGAGUUUGGUAUCUCACUCUUAACCAUGCCCAACUUCAUCAAGGAGACGAUUCUCCGACUUCGGUCUAAAAGCGGGACAAGAGACCAGCCUGCUCAACAACGCGUCCCGCCGGUGAACACCGAGGAUUCGGCCAUCCACCAAGUGCCUCAGCGCAAUGACAACCACGCUGCGGGGAGCUAUGUCGGGUUCUUUCUGGUUGCUGACACAGAUGGAGGCCGCCAAGGAGAGCCUAACCCUAAGCCGCAGACACCGCAGACCUCUAUUAUCUUGGUCCAUGGGAUUGGAGGUCACUGGAAACGGUCGUGGGUGUUGGGUGAGUUCAGUUGGAUCGAAGGCUUCCUCCAACCCGACUUGCAAGGCUCGAACCUGAGGGUAUCUGUCUGGUCCUACGGCUACGACUCCAGGACAGCAACCAAUUCUGUGGCGAACAUCGAAGAUGUAGCCAACGCGCUGCUUGACAGGAUCUACCGAGAGACCAAUGGCCCCGUCAUACUUGUCGCUCACAGCCUGGGUGGACUUGUCGCGAAGAAGGCCAUAACUCUCGCUCACACGGACGAUGACCGUUACGGCGGACUGCUCAAAAGGAUUAGGGGCUGCGUGUUUCUGGGGGUCCCCCAUCGAGGCGCGGACAAAACCUGGUGGAAGACAGUUCCCGGUACAAUCAUGAAGUAUUCUACGGUGGGCUUCAUGGGCAACAACAACUUUGCCGACAGCCUUAGCAGGGAGUCGGAUACGUGGAGGAAUAUAUCGAACGACUUCGUGCCACGUACCAGAAAUCUGAUUGCGAUACACUCGUUUUAUGAGACGAGGAAGAUCGGCCCAGUCCUGGUCGUCGACAAAGAUUCGGCGAGGAUGGGCCUGGAAAAGGAAAUUUGCCAUUCCACCGAUUCCGAUCACGUCACAAUCAUCAGAUUCGGAGAGGACGAGUACCAACGGUACAGGCCGGUUGGAGAUGCGAUUGUGGAGCUCGUUCGAAAGGUGGAAGAAGAACAGACCGGAGGGCGCCUGCCUCCAUGUGAACUUCCAGCUGAACUUGAGAUUGAACGAAGGGAGUUUCUCAAGAGAAUUUCCUUUCCAGAGAUGCAGCUGCGUGAGAACAAAGUCGAGACCGCUUUCGCAGCCAGCUACAAGUGGUUUGGACACUCGGAUGAAUUCGAGACGUGGCUCACCUCACCCGACGGCAAGCUACUAAUCAAAGGGAAGCCUGGCUGCGGGAAGUCUACCUUUAUGAAGCAUUUCUACCGAAGAUUCAGAGAGGGACGCGGCGCUGCUGGGCCCGCGGUUUGCGGUUUCUUCUUCAAUGGCCGUGGCGUUCCCAUCGAAAGGUCCGUCGACGGCAUGCUCCGCACGCUCCUUCAUCAGCUGGUCUCUCAGGUCCCUCUUGCAUUCAAGUCUCUCAUCGAACACCACCGCGCCUUUGACCAGGCGAACCAAUUCCGCCAAGGAUCCGUUGACUGGGCGACAGAUACGCUGAAGAAGAUGUUCCAUACGGCGAUACACUCACCAGACUUGUCCGCCGCAUUUAUCUUCAUAGACGCUCUCGACGAAGGCGAAGGCUUCCUCCCCGCUGAUGUAUUCGAUUACGUGGAGACGGUAGUCGGAACCUUCUCAGACACCAAGAUCAUCAAAAUCUGGUUAUCAAGUAGGCCAGACAACUUCGUGAACCGCCGAACGAGGUGGACUACUUUGGACUUGGGAGAACGCAACUCUGGCGAUAUACAGGCGUACGCGACGGGCCUUCUUACCAAGAUCGCCAAGGACUGCGACUACCCGGAUCUACGUUACGACACUAUCGUACCACAGCUCCUUUCGCAGAUCUUGGAACAUGCCCAGGGGGUCUUUCUCUGGGCCAAGCUUGUGAUCGAUCAGCUUAGGGCGGCCAUGUACGAUGGCGAGAGCGUCAAGGAAAUCCAGUCGAUGUUGUCUAAACUAUGCGAGACGGCCGACGAUCUGUGGGAUCUCUUCCGGAGCGUCCUGCAGAAGGUCAAGAGAAACCGCCGGGCAGAGGCCGUGCGCCUCCUCAAGAUUGUUCUGGCGGCUGCGAGACCGCUAUCAUUGGAGGAGUUGGCGCACGCUAUGGCCCUCAGUUCGCCCAACCCACCUGGCAAUUUGGAUGACUUCUGGGACCCCGAGCGCGCCGAUCAGCUUUGCGAGGAGAUGAAACGAAAGGUUAUCAACUGGUGUGGCGGCCUUGUCGAGGUCGUGUACCUAAACAGAACGUUCUACAUCGGGCCGGGGUGGUCGAGGAAGGGCAGAUAUUUCGUUUCUACACAGGUGCAGUUCCUGCAUCAAUCGGUCAAGGACUUCUGCCAAAAUCAAGUCAGGAAACUGGAAGAGUUUGGUAUCGGCGACGUCGGCGACUCACCGAGUUUCGAGGCGACGAGCCAUGAACUGAUGUUUGGUUGUUGUCUUCGCUACUUGCGACUGCCAGCAAUAUCGGAACACAUGGCACAUGCUGAGACGCCAGCCCGAGCAAUCGUCCAAGUAUUCGGAGCAGAGGCUGACGCAUUCCAAGACUUUUGGGCCCAUGCCAAGCGCCGGUUCCCUUUUCUGUUGUACUCGCCUUUGUGGGUGGCACACGCAGAGAACCUCAUCCGAUUGCAUCCUGACAAGAUGGGCCGACGUGAGUUGGAAGCCGCAAGCCAACUCUUUAUGGAAUCGCGGUGGUAUCCAUACCGCAAAGACUGGAAGCAGGCAUACGCCUACGGUCUGUAUUCCGCGACUUAUGGAGACCAGACUGUGGCUGAGCAGCCUUAUUCGAACCUUCUAUGCUUCUCAGCUCGCCGGGGUUUUAUUUUCUUGUUUCGAAAGCUUCUAUCACACUCCGGUCUCGAACUCGACCACCCAACCCUGGACAACUGUCUUGCCAUCGCCUGCGGCUGCUUUGAGACUAGGAAAGACACUAACAAGACAUCGGCGCAGAAGGAAAUGAUACAGCUACUGAUCGAGCGCGGUGCCAAUAUGCAUGCGAAAAUCUCCAAGUCUGUCUACGAAUCCGCUCUCAGUAGCGCCGUGUACAAGCGCGGAGAAGCGGUUGUACAAGCCCUGAUUGAGGCUAGCGCUGAUGUGAGCAUGGGGUCUCCGGGGGAAACCGACGCUGAGGCAGACCGUGCCUCCUGGUUGAUGCUUGCUGCCGCGCGGGAAGGCUGGACAGCGACCCUAAGUCUCUUGAUGGACAGAGGUGCCGAUGUCAACAUACAAGAGAAGACUGGUCGCUGCCGGACAGCUCUGAUUACCGCAGCUAAGGGGGGUAUGAGAGAAACGGCAGCAUUCCUACUGGCACGGGGUGCCGACGUCAACCUGGACGUCAGCACCGAUGAAUACGGAUACGGAAGCGCUCUUAUUGCCGCAGCCGAAGGGCCGUCUACCGCCAUGGCAUUCUACUUGGGUAGCACUGCGGUAAGCCCAUCGGGGACGACAGAGAUGGUGGCGCUUCUUGUGAACAAAGGUGCCGACAUCAACCUAAGAGUGAGGAAUGGUGGAUAUGGAACCGCUCUAAUCGCCGCGGCUGCGAAUCGAGAGACCGAGGUGGUGGCAUUUCUUCUGGACCGUGGCGCCGAUGUCAACCUGCAAGCAAUAGGAGGAGACCGCGGAUACGGAACCGCUCUCAUAGCCGCGGCUGCACAGGGACACAAGGCAGUGGUGGAGCUUCUCGUGGACCGAGGUGCCGACGUCAACCUGCAAGCAACAGCAGGCAAAUACGCAACCGCUCUCAUCGCCGCAGCUGUGUGCGGAAGGGAGGAAACAGCGAAGAGUCUUGUAGACCGAGGCGCUGAUCUCAACCUCCGGGCAGUAAGCGGGAGGUACGGGACCGCUCUCAUUGCCGCAGCUGCAGAGGGAAGGGGGAGCAUGUUCGCAUGGCUUCUCAAUCAAGGCGCCAGCAUGCAUGUGCAGAUGCAAUCGAUAGAAUACGGUUCUGUCUCAGCAGCGGCUGUGGGGAGGAUCCGCGAGUUGUCUGAAGGUCCUGGAUGGAAGCUGCGAGAGCAGAAGACAUUUAUUAGGUGGUUGAUGGCUUUAGGCGUCGAUGUAAAGGCAGCUCUGCCAGGUGGUCAAGCUGAGCUGGAGGAUAUGCUCAGCAGGUAGGAUGGAUGAAAUUCGACAUUGUCUUAUGGGUAGUCUAAGGUAUCCUAUACUCUAUCAGGAUGCCAAUCGUCUUCAUCAGGGGAGUAACAAUGAUAUAGAAAUGAAUCAGUUGAGGUAGGUAUUGUAUCUCCGACUCGUCCAGCAAAAUCCGAGAAACGCAAAAGGAAACUGAACUGCUGAAGUUCUCAGUCGGUUGCAACUCGAACUCCGAGUCUCGAACCAUAGUAGCAUCUCUCUUUGGAUACUGUCAGGGACGGAAGGAGCGUCUCAAGGGAAGGGAAGGACAACCCAUACGUGGAAGGGGCGUCCCGCCCUUGCCG